ACGCGCAUCAAAAGAAGCAAAAAGCUAAGUCUCUCACAACAUUCUUCAACCUUCUCCUCUCUCAUCACUCUUCGUCGUCGUCGUGUUCGUCUGCGCCCUAACCAAACCACCGAGUCAAAUUCCACCACCUCCGAUGUGGGCUGCUUCGUGCCUCGCAUCAUGCUGCGCCGCCUGCGCAUGCGACGCCUGCCGCACCGUCGUCUCCGGCAUCAGUCGCCGUUCCGCCAGGAUCGCCUACUGCGGCCUCUUCGCUUUCUCCCUCCUCGUUGCUGGAAUUCUCCGUGAAGUCGCUGCUCCUCUCAUGGAAUCUAUCCCCUGGAUUAAUCACUUCAAACAUACUCCUAGCAGAGAAUGGUUUGAGACUGAUGCUGUUCUUAGGGUUAGCUUGGGGAAUUUUCUGUUCUUCACUAUCCUUGCGGUUCUGAUGGUCGGUGUGAAAAAUCAGAAGGAUCCUCGUGAUGGCUUGCAUCAUGGGGGUUGGAUGAUGAAGAUUAUCUGUUGGUUCCUUUUGGUAAUCUUUAUGUUUUUCCUUCCAAACGAAAUCAUCAGCUUUUAUGAAACAAUAUCAAAGUUUGGGUCGGGUAUGUUCCUUCUUGUUCAAGUUGUGCUCUUGUUGGAUUUCGUUCAUGGAUGGAAUGACAAAUGGGUUGGAUUUGAUGAACAAUUCUGGUAUGUUGCUCUGUUUGUUGUUUCACUUGUUUGUUAUCUGGCUACAUUUGUGUUCUCGGGAGUUCUCUUUCACCUUUUCACACCAUCUGGACAAGACUGUGGAAUCAAUGUCUUUUUCAUCACUAUGACCCUGAUUCUUGCAUUUGUUUUUGCCAUAGUUGCUUUGCAUCCUGCAGUAAAUGGAAGCAUUUUGCCUUCUUCAGUAAUAUCAUUGUACUGCACUUAUCUCUGCUAUAGUGCACUGGCUAGUGAACCCAGAGAUUACGAGUGCAAUGGUCUGCACAAACACUCAAAAGCUGUUUCUACUGGCACUCUUACUUUGGGUUUACUUACCACUACUCUAUCAGUUGUGUAUUCUGCUGUGCGUGCUGGGUCUUCUGCCACAGUACUUUCCCCACCAAGCUCUCCUCGUGCUGGCAAGCCGUUGCUUCCAUUGGAUGGAAAUGAGGAAGAAAAGAAUGAGAAAGCGAAGCCAGUUACAUAUUCAUACUCCUUCUUCCACUUGAUUUUUUCUCUAGCUAGCAUGUAUUCUGCAAUGCUUCUGACAGGUUGGUCCACCUCUGUUGGGGAGAGCGGGAAGUUGGUUGACGUGGGGUGGCCUUCGGUCUGGGUUCGGAUUGUAACUUGCUGGGCAACUGCUAUACUCUUCUUAUGGUCUCUUGUAGCUCCUAUCAUGUUCCCAGAGAGGGAGUUCUGAGUGGCUUGCAUCUCAUUUCAAGGCUCUGAGGAAUGUUGUGUAACCUGACUACUAUGUUUAGUCGCAGUCUGCUUCUAUUGUGAUAAACAAUAUGCAUCUAUAUGAAACAUGCACUGGAAAAAAAGUUUUCACUGUGAAUGACAUAAUUCCAGGUGGUAUGUUUUUAAUUGUAUAGUUAGUUACAUUUGUUCUCUGAAUAAAUCCGUGUGUUCGUAA